AUGAAUCCAGAGUGUCCUUGCCUUCUACCUGCUGCAUCUCCUUCGCGGCAUCCGGUUGCCCAGAUCGAAAACGUUGACGCAUACUCCAGAUACGAUUACCUCUUCAAACUCCUGCUUAUUGGGGACUCCGGCGUUGGAAAGUCUUGCCUGCUGUUGCGGUUUGCCGAUGAUACAUACACUGAGUCCUAUAUCUCUACCAUCGGUGUCGAUUUCAAAAUCCGAACAAUUGAACUUGAUGGAAAGACUGUCAAACUACAAAUUUGGGAUACGGCCGGCCAGGAACGAUUCCGAACCAUCACCUCCUCCUACUACCGAGGUGCACACGGUAUCUGUGUGGUUUAUGAUGUGACGGAUAUGGAUUCAUUCAACAACGUCAAACAAUGGUUGCAAGAAAUUGAUCGCUACGCCACGGAAGGAGUUAACAAGCUGCUCGUUGGCAACAAGAGCGAUAUGUCAGACAAAAAGGUGGUCGAAUACACCAUGGCCAAGGAAUUCGCUGACAGCCUCGGAAUCCCAUUCCUCGAGACCUCCGCAAAGAACGCCUCCAACGUCGAACAAGCAUUUUUGACCAUGGCUCGUCAAAUCAAGGAACGAAUGGGCACCACCACCGUCAACAACAAGCCUACCGUUCAAGUUGGCCAAGGCCAGGGUGUGCAAUCCGGAUCUGCUGGCGGUUGUUGCUAG